AUGGAUAAUGAUAGUUAUGUGAGUAAAGAUAUUAAUAUGUCAUUGGAAGAUGAAGAUAAAAAAGAUGAAGGAAACCUAACUGGUCAAGAAAAAAUAGAAGCGAUUCAUUCUAAAAUUUUGGAUGAAAUGAUACCAAAAGUUGGAAUGGAAUUUAAAAGUGAAGAUGAAGCUUAUAACUUUUAUAAUGCUUAUGCUUACAAGGUUGGUUUUGGCAUUCGAAGGAGUAAGGGACAUAAAGAUCAAAGUGGAAAGAUGAAAAAUAGAACUUUUUGUUGUUGUUGUGAAGGCUUUCGGGAAAAGGAUAAACGAAAUAUUAAUGUUAAAUCUCAUCGUGCUGAAACAAGAUUUGGUUGUUUAGCUAGAAUGAAAAUAAAUUUGGAUCAGACUGCUGAAAUAGAUAUAGCUGAUAGUUCAGGAAUUGCUCCUAAAGCAAGUUUGGAGUUAAUGGCUAAGCGAGUAGGUGGAUAUGAAAAUCUUGGAUUUAUUCGUGAUGAUUACAAGAAUUACUUGAAAACGAAAAGAACAAUUCAAAUGAAGGUAGGAGAGACAGGUGGUGUUUUGGAAUACUUACAAUCUAUGCAAUUGGAAGAUCCUUACUUUUUUUAUGCAAUACAAGUGGAUCAAGAUGAUUUGAUAAGUAAUAUUUUUUGGGCAGAUGCAAAAAUGAUGAUUGCGUACUCUCAUUUUGGUGAUGUAGUUAGCUUUGAUACAACUUAUAGGAAAAAUCAAAGUGGUCGACCUUUUGCUAUGUUUCUAGGGGUGAAUCACCAUAAGCAAACUACUAUAUUUGGAGCUGCAUUAUUAUACGAUGAAAGUGCUGAAACAUUUAUCUGGUUGUUUGAUACUUUUGUAAAAGCAAUGUCAGGUAAAAAACCAAAAACUAUUCUUACUGACCAAGAUCCAGCAAUGGCAAAAGCAUUAACUUCUCAAUGGCCAGUAACAUGUCAUCGGUUGUGUAUAUGGCACUUGUAUCAAAAUGCAGCAAAACAUCUUAGUGGAGUUUUUGCCAAAUUUCGAGAGUUUGCCAAAGAUUUUAGUAGCUGCAUAUAUGAUUACGAAGAAGAACAAGAAUUUUUUCUAGCUUGGAAUGCAAUGCUUGAGAAAUAUGUCUUAAAGAUAAUGAUUGGCUUAUACGAAUGUUUGAUUUGA